UCUGAGUCUCUGUUGUGAAUGGGCACUAAUUCAAUUAUAAAUUAUAUUAUCAUUAGUACAAAAGUAUACAUUUUGUAUUUAUAUCAUAAUUUGAAAUCCCUCAUUUGAGUGUGUUUCAAUCCGAUGGGAUACCACAAAAAUUUAUAUAUAUGAAGUUUACAUCGUGUGAAUGAUGGAAAAUAAUAAAUCGUCGGAUAAAAAAAUUAAUUUUGAAGAUUUGAGUAAGGAAGAGUUGGUCACCAAAUGUAAUGCUCUUUUAUCUAUUAUACAAAAAGCCAAACAGAGUAAGGGCAUAUUGCAAGAGGAAAUAGAACACUUGAAAGCAAAAUUGGAACAUGAAAUUAACAUACGAAAAGCUAGCCCUUCUUAUGAAGAAUCAAUUGAAAUGUUUACUCAACAAAAAGCAAACCUUGUUUCUGAUAUAGAAGAUUUGAGGUUGCAGAAUGAUGCUCUUAUGACUACCUUAAAUCAAUAUAUAGAAGAAAAAAAAAAAACUGAGGUUGAUUUAUUUAAUUUGGACAAUGAAAAUGUGGCUCUGAAAAAGCAAGUAAAACGAUUAAGUGAUGAUAAUGAACAAUUUAUCAGCCAUUUAGAAUCUUUGGAAAAGCAAAUUGAGCAGUUGAAUGAAAUUGGUUUGGACCAACAGAAACAACUCUUGAAAUUAGAGGAAAAUAACGUGCUGAAUAGUGCUACAAAAGAAAACGAAAAAAUUCAAGAGUUGGAAAAAAUGUUGCGAAUCAGUUUAGAUGAAAUAAAGAAAAUGAAAAGUGUGGAAGAUAAUGGUGAAGACCAAGGGAACAGUCAAAAUUGUGAUUCAUACGAUCUCAAUAACAAAUUCAAGGAAAAACUGAGGGUUUAUCAUUCUAAAAUUAUUAAACUAGCAAUGAACGUGAAGGAAUUGAAGAAUGAUAGGGAACUUAUAUUGAAACAAUUCAAAAUGUAUGUUAACCAAGUAAAAGACUGGAAAGAUCAAUUGUACAUUGCUUCUAACAAUUUCUUGAAACUUUUGGGCCAGUUUCAGAAGGAAAAUGAACAUUUGAAAACCCAAAACCUGCGCUUAGCAAAUUUGAAUGAGCAAUUCAUGAGACCAAUGGAAGUACAUAAAACAGAUGAUGAAAAAAGUAAGGAUUUAGAAGAUAUACAUGUUGUAGAAGUAGGGAAUUCAACAUUAAUUGGUACUUCUCAAGGAAGUCAAAGGGAUAACAUAAUUAUACUGAAUAAAACAAAGCAUCUGACAACUGCAAAUGAUCUUGAAACAAAUAGGUUCCAAAAAGAGUUGUUGAGUCUUCACAUGAAAAUAAAAGAGUUAGUUGUAGAAAAAGAAGAACUACAUAGAUGUGUAAUGAAAGAGAAAGACUGUUCUGACCAGUUUAUUUUAUUGAGUAUGGAGAAAACUGACGAGUUGAAACAGAAAGUUGAAAGUUUCCUAACAAUAAUCGAAAAAUAUGAUUUGGAAAAGGCUUCUCUUAUUGAAGAAAUCACCAAGCUGAAAGAGAUGUUAAGUAACCAGAAAUUAAAGAUGGAAGAUAUGUACCAGCAAAAUAUGAAACUUCUAAGUGAGUUAGAAAAGUCUUCAGCAACAGAGAAACAAUUAGCAGAAAAAUCUGGUGAGGAGAUGUUAAAACUUGUAGAAGAAAUUGAAAUUCUGACGAAUAAUAACAGUAAUCUCAAUGUGAAGCUAUCAAAAUAUGAGCAAACUGAGGAAAUGAAUAAUUGUAGAAAAUAUAAUGAAGCUUAUAUUCAAACUGAAAAUGAGUUCAUAGCUGAAAAAGAGUUUGAUGAAAAAAUUCUUCUUCUAAAAACUGAAAACUCCCAACUUCUAACUGAAAUGAAUGAAAUGAAUCAAGAACUGAAAGAAAGAGGUGAAAAUGUGUCUAAACUAGAAGCUCACUGUACAGAGAUGAAGAAAAAGAUUAAAGUUUAUGAAUCACAAGCCAAUUCAAAUGUGAAUAACAUAAGUGAAAAAGAGGAAACAAUUAAAGAAUUAAAUUUUAAUAUUCUUGAAAAAGAAAAAAUCAUAACAGAUUUGAAAAAUGAAUUAGAGUUGCUCAAAGAAAGACUCAAUUCAAAUUUUGAGAAUGUUGAAAUUGAUAAUAUGUCUACAUCAACUGUAUCAAAAGUAGAAGAAAUGGAUAGGUUGAAGGAUUUGGAAGGGUCUUGGGAAGAGAAAUAUGGAAAACUAAAAAAUUUAGCUAUUAAGUUGAAGGCCAAAUUGAAAGAAAAAAUAAAUGAAGUUAAUAAUGAAAAAUUAGUAAAAGUGGAAUUACAUCAAAAAUUAAAUAAUGCAUAUGAAAAAUUAAAAGUUCUUCAGCUACAGUAUGAGUGUAUCAAUAAUGAACUCGUUGAAAGGAAUAAAAAAUGUCAGGAAUGUUUGACAAGAAUAGCAGCAAGUGAGGAAACAAUUGAGGAAAAAGAUAACAUCUUAUCAGUACUGAGGAGUGAAAUCACUACUCUGCAAGAAGAAAAAUUAGCAGCUGAUGUGUGGAAAAAACAAAUUUCAGUAAAAGUUCAAACAUUACGUAAAGAAUUGGAAAGUAAUGAAGUAGCAAAGCAUGAGUGUGAAACGAAACUAUUAGCAUUGAAAUCACAUUUAGAAGCCAAGGAAUUCGCACUCAAAUCUGAAAUGGAAAAUCAUAGGAAAACAAAAAAUUCCCUUAAACAUUUUACAAAUGAAAAUAAAAAACACACAGUCCUCAAUUUAGAAAUGCAAGAUUAUGAAAAAAGUAUAAAAGAUCUCUCCUUGAAAUUAGAGAGAAAAAAUGAACAAAUUGCUAAAAUGAAGGAGCAAAUUGAUUGCCAAAAACAAUCUUACUGUAUUCUAGAUAAUCAAAAAAAUGACUUACAGGAAAAAAUUGAGUUUUAUGAAAGCAGUUUGAAUGCUGCUGUGAAUGAGAAGAGUGCUUGUUUGAAAAAACUUUCAGAAACAGACAAUAUCCUCAAACAUAAAACAGAAAACAUUGCCAACCUUCUUCAACAACUUGAAAUCCUCAGAUCACAAAACGAAGAGUUAUAUACCUCGCUUUCAAGUGAUAUAAUGGUGCGUCAAAAAAUCAUAGACUCUUUGAGAGAAGAGAAGGAAAAUCUUCAAGUACAAAAUUUGAAUAUCCAACAAAAUAAUAAAGAAUUGCAAGAAAUGUUAUCUUCAAAGGAGGAGGAACUCUCAAUAAUGAACAAGGACUUCGAAAAUUAUAAAAUUCGUGCACAAAGUGUUCUCAGGCAGAAUCAGAAUCGAGAUAUUGGACUUGAGGAGAAACUGAAUGAAAAUGUGUGUAGCUUAUUAUCCCAAAUCCAAGUUCUCAACUCAGAAAUUAAUGACUUUAGAAUUUCUAAUAAAUUUUUAAAAGACCUGAAUGAAACUCUGAGACUGGAAAAUACUUCACUGAUUUCAAAUCAGGAAAAGCUUUCUGAAAAUUUGAAGGAUAUGAAGGACCGUUUUGAAAAAUUGCAGUUGAAAUAUGACCAAACAGUAAAUGAACAUAAUGACACCGUGAGAUCUUUGAAGAUACAGGCUGAAACGUUGAGCCAGUGUUUUCGACAGCAGCUAUCAGAGCAGGAAGUAAGGCAUAAUAGGGAAAUAAUAGAGCUUCAUAGUAGGAUAGAAAAGUCACAAAUACCCGAGAUACCUUUACCUGCUUUGCCUAGCAUAACUAGAGAAGAGGGAGAAGGUUCGGAAAGUACAGAAAGUCUGAACAAUUUGCCAGUCUCCUUAGAAAAACUUUUGAGUGAAGAAGACGAGCACAAAAUAAACAUCUUGAAAAAACAGAUGGGUGAACAAGAAUCUAAAUUACAUCACUUGACGGAAUUAUUAGCUGAGACGGAGCAAGAUCUAGCCAAACAUAUACAAAUGAAUAAAGUGCUGAAAGAAGAAAUAAGAAGACAACAGAGAGCGGUAGAAAGGGAGAAGCACGCUGAAAACAUGGAGUAUUUAAAAAAUGUAGUUUUGAAGGCUCAAGAACAAACCUAGGCGAAUUUCUGUCUGGCAUCAGAAAGAGGUUCCAAAGGGAAGGAAAUAGGUAACUAACCUUCCUUCCGUACAAGCUUCUUGGUUGUCACCUCGCUGAUAUAGAAGACACUCCACUGAAAGUCGCUCAAUAUCACUCUGGUUUAAUUAAUAGAUGAUUUCACUAGAGAUGAUAAAUGGUGUGAAAAAUACGGCUAUAUUACGAAAGAUUACUUUGUUUUUCAAAAAUCCUUUCACGGAGCGUGAACCGCUUUGGUAGUGAAGUAGAUGGAGACAACUAGAUAUGCCUUGGUGCUAACGGCUCCGCGUAGUAGUGCACACGUCUCAUAAAAUGGACCGGCAUAGUUAACGCCAGUGGUAAGAAAAGCCAUAGCAGAGAGAGAUUGCCCAGUGGCUGUAUCAGAGGACGGGGUUUGCAGAGG